AUGUCCACAUUUACUAUCGGCGAGUUUGGAACAGGCCAAAGACUUUCACCCAGUGGUCGCGAAAUUGACGACAGACGCAAGUUUGAAGUUGUGGAAAGCAGCAGUAAUCCUGCCUAUGGACGUCCUCGAACCGCUGGUCAUUCACGUUUAAGAGGAAUUUUCCUUCCAUUCCUUCCACCAUUCGCCGCUGGAGCUUUUGGUGCUGGUGGAAUGCAAGGUGGUUCAAGUGGAUAUCUUCUCACGGUGGAUGAAGUACUUUACCAGAACCAAAUUUAA